UCUGCGAUUUUGUCGUGUCAUCUUUGCGCUCUGUCGUCGUGAACGCGUUCGCGUGCUCCAGUGUCGUCUGCUUGUUAAAGAAACGGCACUGACUCGUGCCAUCUUCGUAACUGCACGAACUAUCCGUUUCCUGGUAGACGUCUGCUUUGACUUGGCAGUUGGUGUAAUUCUGGGAACCAUAGCAGCAGGACAUUUCGUAAGUGUUUUUACUUUCGUUCGACGGCGUAUCGCUCAGCGACGUCUCGCUGUUUGUGUCUACCGAAAGGAUUUUGUCUAUGAUGUGGAACACCGAGUCCGCAUGCAUUUCGAUCGCAGACGACAUCAUGUUCGCCAUACUGGAAGGGUCGGCGGCUUGACUGUAGUCUUGGCAAGGCGGGGAAGAAUAGCUAGGCGAUGUGCCGAAGGAAGAUGAUGAAAACUGCGAAGGAGACUCGCAUGUGUGCUUCAGAAUGGACGUAGUUGUAGUGGUCGGUAAAGCUGGACUUCGCCGGCACAAGCACUCGAAGGGUGGACACGAACAGUGGACGUCGUCUGCAAUGAGAAGAUGCGUCGGGGAAUGCUCAAGAGGACGUCAGCGGGUGUUCUGCCCUUGAUUUGUUGUGUCGCCAGCCUCAUCGUCGCUGCUGCUCUGAGGAUAUGUGAAGAAAAGGGUUGCCCGACGUUGAAGGCGAGAUUAGUCAACAUUCACCUUAUUCCUCACAGCCAUAAUGAUGCAGGGUGGAUUAUCCGCUUAGAAGAUAUGUACAAAGGGGACGUUCAAGGUAUUUACGACGGCACCAUAGAAGCUCUGCUGAAAAACAAGGUUCGGCGUUACGUAUCUGCAGAAAAUGUCUACUUUUCUCGCUGGUGGAGCGGCCAGAAUGAAACAUUACGAAACAACGUGCGGGCAUUAGUAAGCUCUGGGCGACUGCAAUUCGUUGGCGGCGGCUGGGUCCAGAACGAUGAAGCCGUCACGCAUUACACGGCAAUCAUAGACCAGAUGACGUUAGGCCUAAGGUUCCUCAACGACACAUUUGGGGAAUGUGGCCGCCCAACUGUCGCAUGGCAGGCUGACCCCUUUGGACAUUCGCGGAAUCAGGCUAACCUCUUCGCUCUGAUGGGGUUUGAUGGUUUGAUGAUCGCCAGAAUAUCCAUGGACACAUUCGAUGAGCGGGCUUCGAGGCGGCAGCUCAUCUUCGUCUGGAGGACAGAGCCUGGAAGCGCCCGCGACGCCGACAUCUUGACCUGGAUUCCUCCCAACACGUAUAACACGCCUCUGUACCAUGUCUACACAUUAUGCCCUGGCGAACUUGGUUUUGAAAAAAAAGACAUUUUCUUCCAUGAACCUUCCCGCAUGGCUCUGUACUCCCUCAACUUGACUAGCGUGUAUCCUGCAAAGCACCUUGGCAUUCUAUACGGAGGUGACCUGGCUUUCCGCAGCGCCGAAGAAAACUACGAAUAUAUGGAUGCUGUUAUUCAAGGAGUUAACAAGCUGGGCACAAAAAACUACACGGUCCACGCGUCUUACUCGACUCCUAGCUGUUACCUGAACGCUCUUCACGCAUCUAACCGAACGUGGAGCGUCUUCGAUGAAGAUUUCUUCCCUUACACGGACAUGGCUAACCGGACGUGGGCGGGCUUCUUCACGUCUCGGCCUGUUCUAAAGUACUUGGCCCGCUACUCCAACGGAUUUCUACAGGCCUGCAAGCAACUAUCAGCUGCUGCAGGGGGCAGGAGUAGUGCGCAAGUACGAGUACUCCAGGAAGCGGUCGCCACAGCGCAGCACCAUGAUGCAAUAACGGGUACAUCCACCGAUCUAGUUGCUCUGGACUAUAUUGCAAGGCUGACGAAAGGGAUCGACCAGUGCGAGGUUGCAAUGAAGGCUUCUCUCUCAUUUCUACUUAGCUCUAGCAAGACGAACCCCAAUCCGAUACCCUUCACAUUCUGCCAUAAUCUGAAUAUCAGCCAAUGCCGGUUCACUGAGAAAAACAGAGAGUUCAUUGUUCUGGUUUAUAAUCCAAUGAGCCGGGCUGAGAACGUCACUCUUCGGUUCCCGAUUUCCAGUAAAAAUGUCUCCAUCACGGACGUCGACGGAGGAAACGUCGAAGCACAGGUAGUGGAGGUGCUGCAACAUUCCACCCCCAUUCCGGAUCGAACAACGAACGUGAAGUGGGAACUGGCAACUGUAGUGCCCGUCCCAGCUUUAGGCUUCUCGACGUUCCACGUAACAGUUAACUCCCCGCAGCGUAACAGUCGAUAUAUCCUACGUAGUCGGAAAGCCCGGUUAUCACGUGCAUUCCGUCGAAUCGUGGCAGCCUCAGCUUCUGUAAGACAGCCUCUGCACCUCAAGAAACAGGAAGAAUACAUCGAAAACAGUCGAUACCGGCUGGUCGUGAAUACCAGCACUGGCACGAUAUCGAAGAUUCAUCUGGUGAAGGUCCAGAAAGUGUUGCUCUUUCGCCAGACUUUCCGAAUAUACAAAGCACAGGAUGAGGCAGGUGUUCAGUCUCCAGGCCACUAUGUCUUCUCCGCCGCACACCCUUCGGACAACCUAUCCGGCGACGUCAAGUAUAAGAUAGUGAAGGGUCCACUAGUGGAAGAGAUCCACCAAGUCCACAACGGCAGCGUCUCACAAGUGAUACGGCUGUACAAGGACGCCGACACCAUCGAGUUCCAGUGGACGGUAGGGCCCAUCCCCAUUGAUUGGAGCUUCACUGGAGCAGAUGUUAUUACGAGGUACGAGACAGACCUCAGAAGUGCCAAUACAUUUUACACGGACGGCAAUGGGAGGCAAAAUAUGAAGAGGACACGAAGAGUAUCCCGAAUCGCGCUACAAGUACCUUCAAAUUAUUAUCCGGUCGUGUCGUGGAUUUACAUACAGGACAAAAAACACGGACUCCAGCUGUCGGUCAUCCCGGACAGACCGCAAGGUGGAAGUAGUAAUCGUGACGGAGCGCUAGAACUUAUGGUGCACCGAAGACAUGCAUCGAUUGAUCACCUGGGGAAUCCCGAAUAUUUGACUGAAGCCGACGACAAAAAUCAAGGCGUCAUCGUGACGGGAAGACACCGAGUGUUCUUUGGGACAUUGGAAGAGUCCGUCUACGUGGUUCGGCUGGAGUCUCUACGCAGCGUCUACAUGCCCGUACCCGUAUUUGUCGCACCGUCGAAGCUACUGAGACAUCAGCGUGUUAAGCGUUCCAUUCUCCGAGGGAGUUUCCCAAAUGCACUACAUGUGCUAACACUGGAACCCAUUAAGAGCAAGGUCCUUCUUCGACUGGAGCACCUAGGGGCUGUGGAAGGCACAGUCAGCUUAUCCAUAAACACACUGCUAAAAGACUUCGAGUUGGUAGACAUCCAACCUACUCUUCUGGCGGCCAACCAGUACCUGAAGAACGCCACCAGAAGACUUAAGUGGAAGGUCGCCGGACAGCGAGGCGAAAACCACGCUACGGAGUCCCGUUUCCUACUAGGAAGAAGUUCCGAUUACAAAGUCACUCUUGCGCCUGGAGAGAUUCAAACUUUUGUAGCGAACUUGCAGAGCAGGCACUAAAAGCUUUCUGAAUU